CACGGGCAUGGCGGGCGGGUGGCGGGAGCUCCUGCGCACCGCCCGGCGCUACCCUUGGCCCACGAACGUGCUGCUCUACGCCGCGCUCUUCUCAGCCGGCGACGCGCUGCAGCAGCGGCUGCGGGGCGGCCCUGCCGACUGGCGGCAGACGCGGCACGUGGCCACCGUGGCCGUGGCCUUCCACGCAAACUUCAACUACGUGUGGCUGCGCCUGCUGGAGCGCGCGCUGCCGGGGCGCGCGCCGCGCGCCGUCCUGGCCAAGGUGCUGUGCGACCAGGCGUUCGGCGGGCCGGUGUACGUCUCUGCCUUCUACUUCGGUAUGAGUAUUCUCCAGGAAAAGGAUGACAUAUUUUUGGACCUGAGACAGAAAUUCUGGAAUACAUAUAAGAGUGGUCUGAUGUACUGGCCUUUUGUACAGGUACCAGUCGGCUGUCCCCGGCCCUGGCGGCGGAAGAGAUGGAGCGACGUCACGAGCGCCCGGCCCCUUAAGACGCUGCUGGCUGGAGCCGCCUCCCUCCCUGCAACCCGCAGCGGGGAUGGAGUAAAGGGAGACCCGUCGACCUGCCCGCGGAGAUCAGCGAUGGAGUUAAAGCAAUCUUUGUCCAUCCAUCUGGAAGCUGAGAAGCCUUUGAGGCGCUAUGGGGCGGUGGAGGAGACGGCGUGGAAAGCGGAGGGACUGGGGAGAAAUCAGCUGGACAUCAUCUCCAUGGCAGAGACAACCAUGAGGCCAGAGGAGAUCGAGCUGGAGAUGGUGAAAAUCCAGCGUCUCCGGGAAGUCUUGGUCCGGCGGGAGUCCGAGCUCAGGUUUAUGAUGGAUGACAUCCAGCUCUGCAACGACAUCAUGGACUUGAAGCAGGAGCUGCAGAACUUGGUCGCCAUCCCAGAAAAAGAAAAAAACAAGUUGCAGAAGCAGAGAGAGGACGAGCUAAUCCAGAAGAUCCACAAACUGGUGCAGAAGAGGGACUUCCUGGUGGACGAUGCAGAGGUUGAGCGGCUAAGGGAGCAAGAAGAAGACAAGGAAAUGGCCGAUUUUCUGAGAAUCAAGUUAAAACCUCUAGACAAAGUAACCAAAUCUCCAGCCAGCUCCCGAGCAGAAAAGAAAGCCGAGCCCCCACCUAGCAAGCCCACGGUAGCCAAGACGGGGCUGGCGCUCAUCAAGGAUUGCUGCGGGGCCACCCAGUGCAAUAUCAUGUAGCCCCCACAUGGGGUGCCCCCGGGGCCACGGGGACCCCCUCCCACCCUCUUGUCUUCAUAGCCCCCAUUUCACCGGGGCCCAAGAGCUCUCCAAGGCGGAAGGGAUUGAAGGCAAGCCCAUGACUGCUGCCAGGGGCCGUGGGUGCGGCGGGCGGGCCCGGCCGCCCUGUACAGAGUGUAGCAAUAGGGAGUCCCUCACCGUCGCAUGGCCCUCCCCAGAGCAUGCCGAACCCAGGAGUCUGUCUCACUGUUUAUCCAACCACCAGGAAAGGUCCUCCCUCGAAAAAGUAUAUCUCCACUUCUAUCUAGCUGUAUCUAACCCACCGUGUGAAUGAACUGGGAGGGGGCAUGAUCCCCAGGUGUGUAUAGUCGUGACUUUUCAACAAUCUAGCCAUGUUGGACACAUCCCCCAUCCACCCUCCUAGUUCUGCUGUCAGGCUGGCCCAAACGGCUCCACCCCCGAUCUGUCCUCUCCCAGGGGCUGUGCCCUGGAGGGCUCCACACAGCCCACGUGUCUGGAGACACAGAGGGCCCAUCUGUAAAGACUGAGCUUGUGUGUGGUGUCGUGGUCACGUUUCCCGCUUCCUCCCCUCCUGUGUCUGGGCACGGCUUGUAUCAGGAGUGUGUCCGUUCGUUCUUGGCUCUUCCUUCCCUUGCAACGUCUGUCCCAGGUGUGUGGAGCAGAGUGGGGAUGGGGCCCCGGCUGGAGCACACCUAGUACUUGGGAGAGGUAGCAGAGAGCUGGGAGCUCCAACUCGAGGCAAGGGCAGAUGAGAAGGGACCCAGAGCAGAUGCUGACUCAGGCACUCUCCACCCACGGGGGCCACCGGAUGGACGGAGUGCCAGCAGGACGCCACUCACCAGCCUAACACACAGACCUCCGCAAACAACAAUGGCAGGCAGGAGAGGCGGCCUGACCCAACCGUGUCCCAUCAUUCGGUGGUGUAUUUUAACCAGCCUAACAAUUCCACCUGUGUAACUUGAUGUACAUUUGCUACAGCCAGCCCGGCACAGCCCAUGUGACCUCUCUGUACGUGUGUGUGUCGUGACCGGCCUAAGUAGUUAGCAUAACUCAAGAUUUGCUGAUGUGCAAUCAUCCAUCAGAGAAAAUAAAAAUGGAA